UAUAAAAUGUCUUUUUUUGUUGACAUCGUAACAGAGGAUUCGUUUUACGAAAACCUAACGCUCGGAGUUGUUAAAUUAUUGGAAGCAAGUCCGUGUGUUAAAAAUGUCAAAGUUGAAAGACGGAGUGCCUGUGAGAGAAGUGCAAUUUCCAGCUGGGAGCAGAAACACUGCUGUCUAUUGCCUGAUGAUUUAAAACGUUUCUACGCAUCAACUGACGGUUUUUCACUCACUUGGAGUCUCGAUAUUGCUGGUGAAGAAUUUAGUGUUGGAAGAAUGACGAUAAAUGAAUUUGCAACAUUGAAAAGAUUUGUUGGAAGCAAAGAACAACAAGCUGAGGCAGAUUCUAAAUCACAAGAUGAAACGGAUAUCCCGUCGUUAGGUGGACGCUGUAAACUUUUUGAAAUAGAUCAAUGCGGAGUGUCAAAAAUUUUUUUGGUUUAUCAUAUCAGACCGGAUUGGGACGCCGAACCCGGAAUUUGGUUAUUUCAGGAUGACAAUGCUGCUGGGAACUGGUAUCAUCUAUCAGAUUCUUUUAUCAAGUACUUUCGGAUGAUGUUGGUACACUUGGGAUUACCAUUGUGGCAAUACUGCGCAGCUGGACUUGAUCUACCUACAUGGGUCGAACAAACAUAUUAUUUAGUUGGACCUCAUUUAUUACCCACUACUGGAAAACCCACUGAAAGCAUUUCUGCGACAAUGUGGAAAGACGGUCCUCUUAAUACUAUUGAUACUACUAUUUUUAAGAGUCGCGACAAUAAACAAAGAAAUUCAAGAAAAAAAUAA